AAAUAGGGCCCCCGAAAAAUAGCUGGCAUCCUUACAUAGAAGCCCAUCAAAGUCUAAUAAAAUCAAAAUCACAAUUCAAGUCUCAAAGAAUUGCCCCCCAUUCAAGGAAGCUUUUCAUAAUCAAGUCCACAGGACCACAGAAUGAAUCUCUUAAAAUGCCCGGCGACCUGAACGUUGAGUAUGUAGCGCAAUGGGGAAAGGAUCGAAGAGACCCAGGAAACCCUCAGGCAAGAAAUCCGCUGUAGUUGAGAACGAAGAUUACGUCUUUAGAGAAGAAGACAUCGAUGACGAAGUCGACGCUUUUCAUAAGCAGCGGGAUAUGGUUCCUCUCAGUAUCAAUGGGGAUGCUGCUGAUUCGGACGAAGAAAUGGAGCAAUCGGUGUUUGAUCUUGAGGGUCAUGAUGAGGACAGUCAGAAUAGCAAAAGCGAGGAUGAUGGUGAUGAAGAAGAUGACGACGAUGGUGUUGAUGAAGAAGUUCCACUUAAGGGUUUUGCUGCAAAGAUUGCGAGACAGGCGAAAUAUCUCAAGCAGAAGUUUGGCGGAGUUGACGAUGACAUGAAUGAUGAUGACAAUGAAGAUGAAGAUGAAGGAAAAAAGGUCCCAUGGGGUAGAAAGAAGGACAGAUAUUAUAAUGCUGACAAUGUUGAUGUUGAGCAUCAAUCAAGUGAUGAGGACCUCCUCAAGGAAGAGGAGAAUGAGGUAGUGAAGAUACAAAGAGAGAAGGCACACUCUUUUGCCAUGGAAGAUUUUGGCCUGGAAGAUGACAACGAAGUUGAUAGUGAUUCAGAUGGGCAAGAAAAGGCCUUCAAGGGUGCUUUUGCUGGAAAUAAAACUUCCCUGAAAAAUAAUGUUGAUGCUUCACUUGUAGACAAUCCCUUUGACAGUUAUGAGAAAGUGAGAAAGGAUCUUACUUGCUUAUCAAAAGAGGAGCAAAUGGAGGUGGUGUAUAGUUCUGCUCCGGAAUUGGUUGGCUUGCUCACGGAAUUGGACAAGGCGCUCAAUCAGCUUAAACAAGUCAAAUCACUUUUAUCUGAGGUGUCAAAAGAGAAAAAAGAUACAACUGGAGGUUUAAUGAAGUAUUUGGAGGUGAAACAGAUUCUGCUGCUGACUUUUUGCCAAGCAAUUGGCUUCUAUCUUCUUCUUAAGUCUGAAGGGCAUUCAGUACGUGAUCAUCCAGUAAUAGCUCGUCUCGUGGAGAUAAAGAACUUGCUGGAAAAGAUGGAGCAGAUUGAUCUUCCUUCCCAAAUUGAAGAUAUUGUGAAUCUUACCAUGGAUGCCGGCAUUAUUCUUGCUCAACAAAGUGUACCAAUGGAUUCUGAACCAAACAUGACAAAUGCAUCAGCAAGACCAUCCGAAACAGCAGAUCUGAGUGAAACAACCCAAUCGAUAAAGGGUGUCUCAAAGGAUUUUGAUGGUAAAAAUGCCAGUAAAAAUAUACAGGUGGAUUUACAGAGUAUGGAAAUGCUGAAAAUUAGAGCAAACCUUGAAGCCAAAUUGAAGCAGAAGGGAAUAUAUAAUUCUUCAAAUUUGAAUCCUGAAGCAACACAAAAUCAUGUUUGGAAGCCAGCUAAUCAACGUCUUGAAACACUGGAUGAUUAUGAUGAUGAAGUGCAGCUAAGUGCAAAAGGACAUCAUGACAAUAAUUCUAAGACAAGUUUGUUGCCCUCUAAACUAGUCUCAACCAAAGCAAAGAAGCUCAAGCUUAUUUCUGGUGACGAGGACUUGCCUAAGAGGGAUGAUAUUGGGGAGAGGCGUAGAAAACAUGAACUCCGUGUAAUGGCUAGAGCUGGAACCAAAUCUCUAGGCGAUGGAGAUGAUUAUAUGGAGGACGAAGCAGAUGAUAUUAAAGAAACCAUGGCGGCUGAUGCUACUAUGCAAGAAGAAGAUGGAGAUGAACCAGAAUCUGAAGACGAAUUCUAUACACAAGUAAAGAAACGACGGGCCAACAAACUCAUAGCCAAAGCACAACUAUAUGGCAGAACUCCAGCAGUUCCAAACCCAUCACCAUUGGAAAUUGGAGAAGAAGAUAAAAGGCAGAUUACAUACCAAAUGGAGAAAAAUAGAGGGCUUACUCGAAAUAGGAAGAAACUUACCAAAAAUCCCCGAAAGAAAUACAAGAUUAAGCAUCAAAAGGCAGUUACUCGACGCAAAGGGCAGGUGCGCGACAUUAGGAAGCCUACAGGGCCAUACGGAGGAGAGGCAUCUGGAGUCAACGCCAAUGUCAGUCGCAGUAUUAGGUUUAAAAAUUGAAGGUGAGGCUGCUCGUAAUGUAAUUUCAAUUUUGCUGGAGUUAUUGUAACAUGCAUACUCCAGUCUUAUGAGCAAGCAAAAGAAUAUUUAUUGGUUGAUUUUGUAUACGAAUGUUUUGUUCAUGUUGAUGAACGAGGAAGAGUUGGUUCAUAAGGAGGUUCAGAAAUGAACGGGCAGGCAUUUGAUUUAUUCUACAGUUUCUGAAUUUUUAAUUGUUUGACCGUAUUUUGUUUACGACAGAAAAAUAACUUGGAUGCUUCUGAUA